AUGUCGCUCACUCCGAGCCGAAAGCCCUCCUCAUCCUCAGGUCAGCGCAGGCGCUCAGUUGGCACUGGAGGCGUCAGCGGGCGAUAUUCCCACAGUGAUACGUCCAGUACUCACACCUACCCCGGUCGGGUUCGGGCAGCAGAGGGCAGCCCCACAGCUCGGACGUAUCCGAGCACACCCAGGCGACAAGCAAAGCACACAGCCUGCAGUGACAACCAUGGGAUCAGGCCCCCCACCCCGGAGCAGUACCUCACCCCUCUGCAACAGAAGGAGGUGUGUAUACGACAUCUGCGAUCCAGGCUGAGGGACAACGUGGUAAGCCUACAACACAGAGACUGUGAACUAGAUGAGUUGAGGACUCAACUGUACAGGAUGCAGGAGGACUGGAUAGAGGAGGAAUGUCACCGCGUGGAGGCCCAGUUGGCGCUGAAAGAGGCCCGCAAGGAGAUCCAACACCUUCAGGAGGUGGUUUAUACAGUGAAGUCCAACCUGAGUGCCCGCGAACAAAAUCCCCAUGACCACAAGCCAUACUCAGGGCUGCACGGAGCUCGGCAAGGGGGCAAGUCUCGCUCCUGUGGCUGCUCCCCGGCCAGCACUUUGAGCCGCAGCACCACCCGCACCCGCCUCAGCAGCGAGGCCCUGCAGCCGGACCAGUCAAGCAGAGCGUCGCGCCCGGCGGGACAAACCCACCUCCUUCUGGAUGCGGCCCUCCUGUCGGAGCAGCUGCCGCCGCAGGGCCACGUACGAGGCCCCCCGACUGUGCCGCGUGCUUCCACCUACGAAAGGCUGUGCAGCGGGGGGGCGGCGUUGCCAAUGUCACACUCCUGCCACACACUCAGUAGUAGCAGCAGCUGCAAGUGCAGUGGCCACAGCUACCACCCUCACCAUCACCUGUUCCUGCAUUUACCUCAGGAGGAGGCCCCGGUUACAGCGGGAACUGCCGCCGCCGAUCCUAUCCCGACUCCUGCAGCAGAGAAGAAACCAGAGGUGCGCUCCCAGGCCUGCAGCCCAACCAUGACCUGGCUGCGUGAGGAAAGCAGCUUCGAAGAGCUGAGCAUCAUUUCUUUCGCCACAGCAGACGUCACCCCCUCAGAACCACGUCUGUUUCCAUCGUCUCUACCCGCCGCGUUCCCUCCCGAGCAUUCGCACAGUGUGGCGCCGCUACGAGCCGACAAACCAGAGGAGGUACCCAAGAUGCCGGCAGAGCCCAACACCUGCCAGCCCCCCGCUACAGCUCCCCGCCCAGAGAGGCAGGACACUAUCGUGGUGGACCUAGAGGAGGAGGAUGAGGACGACAUUGAAGGUACAAAUGAAGAAGACGGCCACUCCCCUCAGCUCUGCCACUGGAGCCGCUACUUCCUCGUGGAUCUGUUGGCUUUGGCGAUGCCGGUGGUCCCGACCAUGGCGUGGCUGUGUCGAGGGGCGUCACGGGAGGUCCUGCCGGUGUAUCACAUCGGCUCCCUGCUGAGAGGCUGCUGUGCCGUAGCCCUGCACUCACUGCGCCGCAGGGGACGCAGGCCCACCAGCAUGAAUGGGACAACAGCGAUCUGA